AUGGAUCCAAACAAUCGACGCCUGAGGGCAUACUUGCCGGAGUCAGAAGAUCCAUUUGCUGAUCCGACUGAGCGAUCAUACACUUCAAGUCCGCCGGAGCUUAGAAGGGUCCCAGCUCGGUCGAUAACAUUGCACCCAGACAUUAUCAGACGAGACACACAGGAACACACAUCGCGCUACAUCCGCAGCACAACUGCCACUGCUCCGUCAGAUCCAGACACAUCAUGGUUCGACGCCCACGCACUUGAGAAGACCUUCCGUCACGUGACCAGAGCCACCAAGUCCAUAGACGCUUCGACGUCAUCGCCUGGACCAAUUCCGAUCAGUCUGCCCCCUUUGCUUGCCAACGAGAAAUCCGCAGUGGAACUUGCCGACACCGUUGACCCAAAGAUCAUCAAGCGAGGGAAGCGCAAGGUCUGGUUCCAGAAGCAACUCCUUACACUGUUUGACUUUUCAGCAAACUUCAUACUGAUCUUUGCGAGUUGGUAUUGGCCCAGAUACUACUACCUCUACCUACCCUUCAUCUCUCUGCCUCUGGUGUUGAACUGUAUCAUGAUUUUCAUGAUCAUCAUCUACAGCACAAAGAACAAAGUCUUCAAGCCGAGAAAGAUUGUCCCCAACACACCAGAGGCCAUGGUUCUCUUGAUGCCAUGCUACAAUGAAAGCUUUGAGGAAUGUACACGAUCUUUGGAUUCACUGACCUCGCAGGUCAAUAUUGACCAGCACAAGAAGGCCAUCAUGAUUGUAUGCGAUGGAAAGGUUCGUGGGCCCGGGAUGGAGAAGACGACGGCUCAGUAUCUGGCCGAGGACAUUCUUGUUGGUAGGCAGACCCGACGCUUCAUGAUUCGCACUGCCUAUCUUGCCUGGGAUGGCCAGACAAUGGAUGUUGAAUGCCUUACGGGCGUGUACAAGGGAGUGCCGUUCUUCUGCAUCAUCAAGCAGCAGAACCAAGGCAAGCGCGACAGCCUCAUCGUCUCCCGAUCAUUUGUGCACCACUUCAACAAGCGGGCAGAGCAACCAAAGGUCGUGUUCUCGCCUCCCUUCUUCAAGGCCAUGGCGAGCUGGCUGCAGAACGAUGCCGGCUUUGAUAGAGUCGACGUCCUCAUUGGUAUGGAUGCAGAUACAGUCUUUGAGACAGACUGCAUCUCGCAUCUUGUCACAGAGAGCCACUAUCCUCAGACUGUGGGCGUCUGCGGCUAUGUUGCUGUUGACUUCCAGCAUGGGAACUGGAAUCUAUGGUCCAUCUACCAAUCUGCCGAGUAUACCAUUGCCCAGGGUCUCCGCCGCCUUCAUCAGAGCGUGGUGACCCACAAGGUCUCAUGCUUGCCGGGCUGCUGCCAGCUUCUCAAAGUCUGCGAAGAGACGUGCGGAGACAGGGUGCUCAUUGAGCUUUUCGGCUAUCAUCCAAAGCCCUUGGAUGGUGUGAUCCGCCGCAUUCGUGCGACUGCCUCGGAAGAUCGCAACCACGUCUGUCUGAUGCUCAUGGAGAGCCCCAAGGCACAGACUCGGCAGGCUCUCCGGGCCAGAGCCUACACAGACGUUCCGCACUCGCUCAAGGUCUUUCUGAGCCAGAGGCGACGGUGGACGCUCGGAGCCACCUCGAAUGACUUGAUGCUCUUCACCAAGGCUCCAUGGUGGAGCUUCAACUGGUGGGAAAGAAUCAUAGCUUUCUCCAAUGUUCUGACCUGGGUUCUCAACCCCUUUGUCAUAGCAAGCCUGGGCUGCAUGAUCUACGCCUUCCUUCACCAGCCCUGGUGGAUUAUCCUGGCAUUCGCCGGCGUCAUGAUCAUUCCCCUCUUGUACUAUCUGACCAUGGUGGUAUGGAUGCCUCGAAACUGGCUUGAGCGAGGCCAGUUCCUUUUGGGCUUGACCAUUUUCGCAAUUGUUGGCCCGUUCAUCAACAUAUGCGUCACGAUAUACGCUGUCAAGAACAUGGACAAUUUUGGCUGGGGCAAAACCCGCCAAGUGAUAGCAGAGACGGGCGAGGCAGAGGAGACCAACGCGGAUGAGGAACAGCGGCGCACCCAGGUGGCACUCAGGUUCAAUGAGAAGGUCAUCGGGAAUCAAGUGCCUGAUGAAGAGAACCAGCUAGCUCAUGUCAGAGUGCCCAACCCGUUUACUGUUCCCCUCAUCCCGGAUCUCAGACGGGGGCCAGAGUCGCCCGAGCCCGAGCCCGAGCCUGAGCUGGAGCUGGAGCUUCAAGAGUCAGAUCCAGAGACGCCAUACUUCAGACAUGACAUAAAUGGACUUCGCGCAGCAGAGGACCAUGUCCAAGAGAUGUCUGGUGCCCUCCCGGGUCCUGCUCGAGCUUCUCGUGAGUCAUUGUCCGAUGGCCACUGGAGGCCAAUGACCCCAACGGCAGCAGAGCCUUAUAGAACGCGAGGUAUCGCGAGCCAUGCCAUCCCUCCCAGACACGCAUCCCUGGGGAGGCCAGGUCACCAAGCAGUGGAAACAUCAUCGAUUGGAACUCCAUCUGUUGGACCUCCGGUCUCCUUGGACACCAGAUCACAAUCGCAACUCCGAACUCGAUAUAGCCAGGGUGCCAUAUUUCGACCUGACGACUUUCGGCCGCGUUGA